CACGUGUUCAGAGGAAACAGGAAAUGGGGGGGAUUCAUCUGUGGUCUCUUCACCAAAACAAAAACAUCCUCCAUUGUUCGCCUCUGCUUUCCUCCACGGAGGAUUUUAAAACAUGUCACCGGGAAAAUAAGAUCCCGGCCGGUAGCACGGAGCCGCUCAGAGCCCUUUAGAGCCCCUUAGGGCCCCUUAGGUCGCUGAUUCUGGCUCUAGCAGCUCAUUUUUAACGUUAGCUUAGCUUUGCCCCUCCAUGGCGUCCUCAGCGGGGCUCCCACUGCUCGGCCCGGACCGCGCCGCUUCGUCCUCCGGCUCUCACUCCGGAGCUAAGCCACCUCUCCGUCCCCACCACCCGCAUCCGGCUCACUCCACCCCAGGCUGCGUGAUGUUGGAGUCGGUGGACGACGCGGAGGGUCUGUACGUGGCGGUGGAGAGGUGCCCUCUGUGCAGCACGUCCCGCCGCAGGCUCACCUGUGCCCGGUGUGUCCAGGCCGGAGACUUCGUGUACUUCGACGGGAGGAACACCGAGAGGUACGCUGAUAAGUUGGAGCGACUGAAGAAGCUGAAGGAGGAGAAGGAGCAGCUGCAGCAGAGCGUCCUCCAGGCCAUGGACAGGAAGCUGCAGGCCGACGAGAUGAAAUGGAAGAUCAUGUCAUGUAAGAUGAAGAUCGAGCAGCUGAAGGAGGCCGUCGCCUGGGGCAACGAGGAGGUGAAGAGCGAUAAGGAGCUUCUGGUUCGGUCUCAGGAAGAAGCUCAGCGGCUGCAGCGACGAGCCGGACGGCAUCAGGAGAAACGGGACAAAAUCGAACGUCACAACCGACGUCUGGGAGAACUUCUAGAGAGACGAAGCAAAGAGCAGCAGAGUCGACUGAGUCAGCUGGCGGCUCUGAGGAGGGAACACAUCCUGGAACUGACCACCCACAUCUUCCCCACGCAGGAGGAGAAACAAGGAAGCAGAGACCCGGCCGACGUCGUGGCCGAGUGCGACUCGGCGCUGACCUCCAGCACGGUGAGCGAGCUGGCCGAGGCCCGGAGGACCACCUACCUGUCGGGUCGCUGGAUCUGGGACGACCAGAACGGAGAGACCAGCAUCAGCAUCACCGGGCCGCCGGUCACGCUGCCUAGCAACGGGGACUGCUCCGCCUACUACAGCUGGGUGGAGGAGAAGAGCACCAAUCAGGGCCCAGAGCUGGACCACAUCAAUCCGGCCCACACCAUCAGCGCCGCCCUCUGCUACGCUACGCAGCUCGUCACCAUCUUAUCCCACAUCCUGGACGUCAACCUGCCCAAGAAGCUCUGCAACAGUGAGUUCUGUGGAGAGAAUCUGAGCCGUUAUCGCUUCACCAGAGCUCUGAGUAAACUCAACACCAACGUCCUGCAUCUCUGCUUCUCACAGCAUGUGGACAGCGAGAAGCUCCAUCCUCACCACACCCUGAGGAACAUCAUGUUCCUGGUUGCCCCCGACAACGAAAACCUGGGCAGGACGGGUCCGUUCGAAGUCAGCGCCGACCUGGAGGAGUCGAUGGAGUUCGUGGAGCCGGAGGCGGCGGGUCCGGCUGAGGAGAGCGGAGACGAGGCGGUGACGGACGAAGAGACGGACCUGGGGACGGACUGGGAGACGGUACCGAGUCCUCGCUUCUGUGACAUCCCAUCACAGUCCAUGGAUCUUUCCCAGAGUGCUCUGCAGGUUUCUCAGCCUUCAGCCAACGCCGGAGGGAUGAUCUCUUCUGCUGCUGCCUCCGUCACCUCCUGGUUCAAAGCCUACACCGGCCAGCGCUGAUCGACCCGGAUCAGGACCGAAGGCUGGCAGGUCACAAACAUCCAGCUGCAGCUUAAAGUUUUACACAUCAGCUCCUGUUGCACUUUUGUCGUCUUCAGCAGCAACCUGAAAGAUUUAAAAGCUGGAAGAAUAAAAGUUAAACUCUGCUUGCAAGUAGCUCCGGAUUCAAGAAGGAAAUGGUGAACUGAAGUUGUAGAUCUUCAACCAGUCGAUUCAAAGUCAGCAUGUUAUCUGUAGAUUAUCUAAAAAUCUGCAAAACAACCACAGAGACAAACUCACCACUAGACACCUAAGAAUGCAGAUCUACUUGCAAGCAGCUGCACGAUGACAAACGUCUUUGAGUUUUGUUGAACUUUUAUGGCGUUUUUUUGAACAAACACUAACUGACAACUGAACACUAAAGAUCCUCUGACGGGACUCAAACUAAACUAACCUGUAGAAAAUAGUUUAUUUACCUUCAGUUCAGCCUGAAUCUGACAACAAGGUUGAGGUCAUCUUUAUAGUUUGAGUCCUCCCAGCUGCCGAUAAACUCGUAGAAUCUAUUUAUUACACGUUUAUUGAUUGAUGAGGAUCGAUCGGACCUGCCAGCCGUCUGUCUGUCCAUCAAUGCAAAGGGAAACUUCCGUUUUUCAUCCUCUUUUAGUUUUUAUUUGUGUGAUGUCGGCAGGAAACCGUGACAACAAGGACGAUGAUGCAAACGAACGGUGGUUGCUACGGCGAUAACGGACUGUUUACAAACCUGAACUGGACCAGACGGCGUUCACAGAUUAAAGACAGUACAUGGUCCAGGACGGAGAGGAUUCUGAGGUUCUGCUGGGACGUUUUACCAAGUGGUUCAAAGGAAACUUUGUUUUCAUUUAAAAUAAAAUCCUGUUUUCUGCUUUUGGACUCUGAA